AUGGGCCUGCUCACUUCUCAGCCAGGCAAGGCGAUAUGGACGCUCUUCGCCGUCGCUUUCGCGGCCGCCAGGAUGCCUAUAUGGAUCGUCUUGUACCUAUCCCCUUCGCUUCGUCCACACCCACACUGGAGCUUUGGACAAGCCAUCAAAGUUCAGAUCGUCUCCAUCUUUCUGUACCACGCUUCUGUGGUCGAGAUGAAGACCCCGCUCUCCCUUGCACCGGGGGUUGAGAAGGAGCGAUGGGUUGUGGCAAAGCCUGCAAGCCGCACGUUGUACACGGGUGUGACGAACUCGGAUCCGGACGUGCAGCCUACAGAGACAGGCGGAACUUGGUAUCCCUCGAAGCCUUCUGGAAGUGCUCGUCCAAGCUACGUUGUUUUGCACCUACACGGAGGUGCAUUUGYGAUUGGAGACGGACGUACWCAGGAUGCCGGCUUUGCUGCAAAGACUCUGAUUGCAAAUACUCAAGCCAGCCAUGUUUUUGCUCCACAGUACCGGCUGUCGUCGAACACUGGAUGCCGCUUCCCUGCUCAGCUCCAAGACGCAAUCACAGCAUACGCUUAUCUUGUCAAUGUUGAGAACAUCGCUCCCCAGAAUAUCAUCUUUUCUGGAGACAGCGCAGGCGCCAACUUGGCACUCUCGCUUGUUCGUUAUCUGGGUGAACACGGCACUUCCAUUGGUCUUCGCGGUCCGCUUGGAGCCUUGUUAUGGUCUCCCUGGGUCAACCCAGCACUCUCUCUGACUACCGCAGGAUUCGAUUCAAGCCCUCACAUCAAGACCGACUAUGUCAAUGGCCAGUUCGGCAUGUGGGGCGCUAAAACCCUCCAACCGAGCACGAAGAGCGGCCUGACGCUCGACAGCGGAUAUAUCAGCUUUAGGGACAACGCUUUCGCCACGGAAACUCCGAUUUACAUCUCAGCGGGYGAAUGUGAAGUUUUGUACCACGAUUGUGUCAAUCUUUACGAGCAGAUGAAGGCUGUGAAGGGCAACCAAGUCCAGCUGCAGAUUGAGGAGCAUUGCGUGCAUGACACGAUCCUCACUGGCAAGAUUGUUGGCUUUGAGAAAGAGGCCAACCAAUCGGCGAAGCGAGCAGGCAAGUGGCUACAGACCUUGACUUCUGCCACAUCUUAG